CCGCGCCGCCAUGUCCGCCCCCGGCAGCGGCGGCGAGUUCGGGAACCCGCUGAGGAAAUUCAAGCUCGUCUUUCUGGGCGAGCAGAGCGUUGGGAAGACCUCUCUGAUCACCAGGUUUAUGUAUGACAGUUUUGACAAUACUUACCAGGCGACCAUUGGAAUUGAUUUCCUGUCAAAAACAAUGUAUCUUGAAGAUCGCACGAUCAGGCUGCAGCUGUGGGACACAGCCGGCCAGGAGAGGUUCCGCAGCCUCAUUCCCAGCUACAUCCGUGACUCUGCUGUGGCUGUCAUUGUCUUUGACAUUACAACAGGUUCGGCUGCAGCUUUGGGACACAGCAGGCCAGGAGCGGUUCCGCAGUCUCAUUCCCAGCUACAUCCGCGACUCCACUAUUGCUGUGGUGGUCUAUGACAUUACAAACUUGAAUUCUUUCCAGCAAACCUCCAAGUGGAUUGAUGAUGUUCGGACAGAGAGAGGAAGUGAUGUCAUCAUCAUGUUGGUGGGGAACAAAACUGACCUGGCAGACAAGAGGCAAAUCACUACAGAAGAAGGUGAACAGAGAGCCAAAGAGCUGAAUGUGAUGUUUAUUGAGACCAGUGCAAAGACUGGAUACAAUGUGAAACAGCUUUUCCGUCGUGUGGCUGCUGCCUUACCUGGGAUGGACAGCACACCAGAGAAGAGCAAAGAAGACAUGAUUGACAUCAAACUAGAGAAACCUCCUGAGCAGCCAGUAACGGAGAGCGGGUGCUCCUGCUAACAGGCCCGUUCUGUAGCAGCACAUUCCCCAACCGGCCAGUCUCACUGAAGAACAUCACCGCUCAUUGGCUAGGCAACCCUACUUUGUGGGCUGAAAAACCAAUCUACUAAGCGAGCGAACUCCCUGUUUACUGGUGGGGAGCAGCCCCGGCCGCCCCUCUUACUGCAUGGUAUGAGCCCUGAGUGCAGAAUGAGUGUCCUGUCUUUUAUUUUAUUUUUUUAUGUUGUUGCACUUUGGCACUGUGGUGCCCUUUACACUCUCUCUCUUCCUCUCCUCCUCCCCCUCUUCCCCACCUUGAGCCUGUCUGCUCAGAUGUGUCUUGUGAAUGCAAUGGAAAAGCCACCAAGUUAGGGAAGACAAGAAUAAAGCUUGAGGGUGGGCUUUCCACCUUCCUUACUGCCUUGCAUCUUAACUAGUUCCCUGUCCACGUGAGCCCAGUCUUUGUCCUGCAUCCCCACUUCCUCUCUCAAAAGGCUGCUCCUUUUAAACCAGUCAGUUUGACUUGGCCUUGCCUUUUUGGACAAUACAGGUUAUCUGUUUCUCGGCUUUUGCUUCCUGCAGGGCACACACAAUACUAGCUCCUCAGUUUCUCCUUUCUGUGGAUGAUCUUGGCUAACUCUUGCUCACGACUUCUGAGUUUUGCCCCUUGUGUUACACACAGCACUGGAAACCCCCAAACUCUGAUAGCUUUGGCCUUGUUGCUCCCGUUUGUGUAGCAGAGACACCCUACAGACUGCUCUCCUCAGUUGGAGCAUCUUCCCAUCCAGAAGACGACGGUGCUUGGUGAGUGUUGGCUGUCAGAUGUGGGGAAGGAAGAGGGUACAGAGGCUUUGCAGCAUGAAGCUGGGUGGGGAGAGAUCCUCGGGGUGGUUUGUAGAGACCUGGGUCCUGUCUGUCAACAGUGAAAGUGAACAGUUACCUGAAAUCCAUCACUACAGGGGCAAUACCUGCCCUAGAAGUCAUGGAUGCUGUUCAGGCUCCUUUCUAGUCUCUGUUCUCCUGUUCAUCAUCACGUAGGCUGGGAGCUUCUUCACACAGAGCAGGAGAGCUACAGCAGAUGGAAGGCCAGCGAUAGCUGUUGUGCUCUCGUACCUAGGUUGCUGCUUGAUGAAAUCAUAUGUAGCUGCUUCUGCCUUUGUAGUAGACUUCUGGGGGAAGGGGCUAGUAGCCAUUUCACUUCUGGAAUAGUGUUAAGCUCUAAUACUGCCAAAACUGAGAUGAGCAGUGGCAGGGAUUUAUUGUCAGACCUGGGUAGAGGAAUGGAGGAAUGUAUGCUGCUGAAGUGAAUUUUGGUGUCACUUCUUCACCUUAGAGGUUGGGAAGUACAUCCUCUUCUCCCUGCCCCUGGUUUCUAACUACGUUAAUAGAGCUUUUCAGAGACUUUUACUGGGGGUUUUCCAUCCAUCUGUCCUAACCAGAAGUCUGUAGGUUUGUUGACAGCGAGGAGAAUAAAACAGUUGGAUGGCUCUAAGCCAUUCACUGUUCUUUUCAUCACCCAGCCUCUGUCACACUGAUGGGGGGGAUGCCAGCGGGCAGGAGAGUGAUGACCGCAGUGU